UGUGUGUGUGUGCGCGUGUGUGCGCGCGCGCGCACCUGGCUCCAGGAGCUUCGCCCCUUGUAUAAACACAUAAACUCCAAGUGGCCCAUUCCUGUCCUCCCAUUCACUCUAACACACACACACACACACACACACAGGCAUCUCAGGGCAGUUCCGAGACCCACAUACACACUGUACAACAGUCCUUAUACAGCUGCACCCAUACCUCAUUUUGCAAUCGGGGACAACACACACUUAUACACACACACACACACGCAGCUAAGUCAGACCCUGUCCUCUAAAAGAAUAACAUCUUCUGCUGGAGAGAGAACAUUGUCUGGAGGUUGGAGAUGGCGUCAGUGAAUGAUUCUCGGCAGCAAUCCCAGAAGGACGCGGCGGACCAGAACUUCGACUACAUGUUCAAAUUGCUGAUUAUCGGCAACAGUAGCGUCGGUAAGACCAGCUUCCUGUUCCGCUACGCGGACGACUCCUUCACCUCGGCCUUCGUCAGCACCGUGGGCAUCGACUUCAAGGUCAAGACCGUCUACCGCAAUGACAAGAGGGUCAAGCUGCAGAUCUGGGACACAGCGGGGCAGGAGCGGUACCGGACCAUCACCACAGCUUACUACAGAGGCGCCAUGGGCUUCCUGCUCAUGUAUGACAUCACCAACCAGGACUCCUUCGGUGCUGUGCAGGACUGGGCAACUCAGAUCAAGACAUACUCCUGGGACAAUGCCCAAGUGAUCCUGGUGGGUAACAAGUGCGACCUGGAAGAUGACAGGCUGGUCCCCACUGAGGACGGCCGACGGCUAGCAGACGAGUUAGGUUUCCAGUUUUUCGAGGCCAGUGCCAAAGACAACAUCAACGUCAAGCAGGUGUUUGAGCGUCUGGUGGACAUCAUCUGCGAGAAGAUGAAUGAGAGCAUGGAUGGCGACCUUAGUCCGGUGGCCAAUCACCGAGGCCCAGCCCUACAGGACACUCCCCCUGACAGCCAGGGCGGCUGUGCCUGCUAACCUGCCACCCUUUUUCCCGUCCCCAUGGCCAAUCUGCGUGCAGCCCCCCUCCAUCCGGAUUCUGCUGCCCCCCUGAAUGUGAUUAUAUAAGAUAUGUACCCUGGUCCUUUUCUCAAGUGAUUCUCAGCCGUCGCUCGAAAGCUCAGAUCUCCUCACUAACUGCUUGACCUCUACCAAAGUUGUCUAAAAUCUCCCCAGCGUUGAGUCCCUCAACUGCCUUAACUGGAAUGCCUCUUGAAAUUUCCCCACAUGAUUUUUCCAACUGUCACUUCCUUUCCUUUGUUGUCGCCUUUCAAGAUUAGAGUCUCCCUCUUUUAAACCUUGUAUAAGAGUGGAGUUCAGUUAGUCCUGAAUGAACAGGAGAAGUCAUCCAUAUCUUGACAUCAGCAUCCUUCCAUAGUGCCAUUGUCCCGGUGAAGUAUUCUUGUGUUCUUUCCCUACCACCCUGGCAGAUUAAUGGCCUGUCUGUAUUUAAUUAGAAAAUUAUCAUUUGGUCCCUGAUAAACAUGUUAACCGUGUAAUUAAUUUUCUUGAAAGAACACCCUAGUAACCCACAGUCACAGUAACUCAGACACAGCUACACAAAUAGCUCACCUUUAUGGCAAAUGAUUGGCUAUCCCCAAGUGAUCGAAGCAAUGCCAUGAUACUGAGAAUAUUAGUGAAUGUUCAAGACCCCCAUAGUUAGGUGUUUGACUGAAUUGCCUAACAAUUGUGUGCCUAUCUGUUGAAAGAUCUUUGUGAUAUUCUUUUAAACGUCGACACCAUAAGGGAACGGAUUAUUUUUAACGUCUUGCACAGACGUUGAUCGUGACAGUUCCUGUGCCCUGAUGAACACAUACCAGGCAGGAACAUACUGUAUAUGACAGCAGGAGGAGUCUUGUGAAAAGACUAACUUUAACCACUGGUUUCCUGCUGUUGUAAAACAAAUGGAGCCUUGUUACUCACAGUUUUUUUUUUUUCAUGAUAAAUUAUUUAAUUGCCUGUAUGAAGAUGCUGCUUACGUUGCUUCCUACUUCAGGGCUAGCCUAGAUUUCAUCCAAGUUACUUAAUUAGUAAGGGAUUCUGGAGCGUCAAAGAGGGAAACUUGUGCUUGUAUUAGCUCCUUUUAAUGUUUUAAAUAGAUGUGUACUGUUCGAUUGCAUAAACCUACAGUUCAAAUGGUUGUUACUGUGCUUAAUGGUAAUUAGCUGAGGAUGCGCUGGCAUCUGUUUUUAAUACAGUACAAGGUUUCGCUCAGAACACCACUCUGCCACCUAGUGGGAAAAUGAGGGAAACAGAUUUGAAAGCUUUGUAGUCAAAUCUCUGGGCCUGUAUAUAAUUGAUAAUGUAUUUACAGCUAACAAAAAGUGCUGUAAACACAAGAAUUGUCUUUGCAUGCUUAAUGGGAAAACAUAAUGAGGAGCAGAAAAGAAAGUGCAUAUCCUUGUGUUCUGUUCUGUGUUUUGUCGUCAUCACGCUUGCUAGCUGUCUCCUGCAGUGGGAAAUCAGUCCAUUAGCCGUCUGCAUGCUGGCAGCCGGUCAGUGCAGACUUAGCUGCUGCUCGGUGAUAAUGGCACCAUACAUUAAUGCGAAACACUGCACUGCUGGCGGCUAGGAUCAGCGUUUUAUCAAACCUGCCAAAGGUUCAGGCUCCACGCUUCGGGGGGUCCUCCUCAAAAUGUGAUGCAGAGCAGGAAACUCUUUGCCGAGCUCCUGCUGUGGCCUGUUCCUGCUGACGGGUGCCCUGCUUCAUGUACACUUUCAUAGUUCAAUCCUAUCAGGAGGUCCGUCCACAGCAGGUUUUCUGGGGGUGGCCUGCAUUUCUUGAACCUCAGAGUAGCGGCCAUGGCAUUAGUACACAGGGAAGCAUGGGAAAAAAGAAUGAAGAGACUGGCCACAGAGGGCUUGUGAAGGUGAAGCUGAAGGAGUCUGACGUUUCACUUGUGUGUCCCUCUGCGUGCGCUUUAUACUCUUUAUUGCUCUUUACUCAUGCAUGAAUGAGUGAGCAGAAUCCUUGCCUGUUCCGCCAGAUGGAAUUUGUGUCCAUAUGUCCACUGCCUUCACGUGCACAGUAACUGCACUUUUUAUGAAGGAGCAAGAGUGGCCAGGCGGACCGUUUCUUGUUAAAAACGGCGCCAUCAAACCCGUCCAAGAAUCUCCAAAGCGCAGUGGCACCGCGGAGGCCAUGUGGAGUUUUUGUAGUGGCUGUCCACAUGAUGGUUCUUGUUGGUAUUACUGUAAAAUUGCUUAACAGAUGCUUUUAUCCAAAGUAAUUUGCAUAAUUUGUACAUGUUCACAAGAUGGGCCAUUUAUCCAGCUGGAUUCUGUGGAGAAUUUCAGCUGCAGUAUGCUGUAAGGGUACUAGAGUAGGACAUGCUAACUGUCGGCCUCUACUUUAUACAUGUGCUGCUUAAGGAGGGUGACGCUGGUAUUGAGGAAAAUCUUUUAAGACUACUAAUUAAAAAAAAAAAACAAGAUUCCAACUCAGAAUUGUGCCUCUUCUUUUCUUUGCAAUGCUGUGAAAGUGCAGCUGAGGAGGGUCACGUGCAGGAGAGCACGUUGUGUCUUUUCUUCUAAAGCCUUCUGUUUCUGUGUUCUCGAACCCAAACUGCGAUCCUGUUGUUUCAUUGUCUCGUUUGUUGUUUCACUGUGAGACAUGAACGUGUUUGUUCAUUUAGCAACACAGAAGUACACACUGUGCGAAAAUAGACAUUUGGUCAAAAUAAAGAUUGCAUUCGUUACAAAAAAAAUCCUCUUAAAUUUGUUUGACUUUGACAACCCUGAUAGGUAAGUAAGUGU